AUGUGGCAUGUCAUGCCGGUGAUUGCCAAACCGAAGGGGGAGGCGAAAAAAGAUCCAUCAUCAAGUGGAAUUGAAUCUAAAAAUCCGUUUGCUGCUUUGAAUGAUUUUGAAGGCGAUGGGUUUGUCGACUCAGACAGUGAGGAGGUUGUGGAGGUUUGUUCUUCUGUUUUCCGUCGGUGGGAUUGGUCUUCGAAUGGAAGUAGUUGUCAGAAGGGUACUAGAAUUAUUCUUGGCUGGGAUCCGGGUAUUCUCGAAGUCAUCUUGCUCGAUCAAUCUUCUCAGGUUAUGCACUUUCAAAUCAUUUUUAAACAAGAUAAAAGGAUGUUAUUUUGCUCAGUUGUGUAUGCGGCUAAUUAUUAUCGCACUAGAAGGGAGGUUUGGCAUCAUUUAUCCAAACAUAAAGUGCUUGUUGGUAACAAUCCGUGGGUUAUUUUAGGCGACUUUAAUUCAGCUCUGCAUCUGGAUGAUAAGUCGAUGGGUACUUCGAUUAUCUCCCCUGGUAUGAGAGAUUUUCAAGAGUGUGUCUCGGAGAUAGAAGUGUUCGAUAUAAAUAGUUCGGGAAUGCAUUUUACGUGGAACCAAAAGCCUAAGGAGGGAGUUGGUCUUCUAAAGAAAAUUGAUAGAAUUAUGGGUAAUACCCCUUUCGUUGAUAUGUUUCCCAACUCGGUAGCGUUUUUCCACCCGAAUCGGUUGUCCGAUCAUUGCCCUUGUUUGCUUAAGAUUCCAGUGACAGCCAAUAAGAAGCAUCAAUCGUUCAAGUUUGCCAAUUUUUUAAUUUACAAACCGGGUUUUAUUGAGGUGGUCAAAAAGGUGUGGGAAAAUAAUGUUGAGGGUGUUCAGCAAUUCCAGUUGGUUAAAAAGUUACGUCUUUUGAAAAGACCUCUUCGUGCUUUAUUAUUCCAACAAGGUAACUUGCACAAGAAAGUUGAAAUGUUACGUGGGGAGUUGGAUGCGAUCCAACGGGAAAUUGAUAGUUGGCCCUCUAAUCUAAAUCUUCGUAAUCAAGAAACUAGGAUUACGGCUGCUUAUCAAGAGGCGUGCCUAGAUGAAGAGCGUUUUCUAAAGCAGAAAUCUAAAGUGGAUUGGCUUCGGGCGGGGGAUUCCAAUACGGCUUUCUUUCAUGCUUCGCUAAAAAGUAGAAAUCAUGUGACUCGUAUUGAGGUUAUUAUGAAUUCGGAAGGGGAGAUGUUUGAAGGGGAAAGUGUCGCUAACGCUUUUGUUACUCAUUAUGAGAAGUUCCUUGGUAGUGAAGAUGCCUUAGAGCUUCGGCCCUCGUCUGAUCUUUUUUCGAAUAAGUUGAAUGCUGAUGUUUCCACGCAUAUGGUUCGUCCGGUGACAUGUGAAGAGGUUAAACGGGCUAUGUUUUCCAUUGGUAAUGAUAAGGCUCCUGGCCCUGAUGGGUAUACGGCGGCGUUUUUUAAAGGAGCUUGGGAGGUGGUUGGAAAUGAUGUUUCGAAUGCUAUUAUGGAUUUCUUUAAUACAGGUAAGCUUCUUCGGGAGCUGAAUAAUACUCUCAUUGUUCUUAUCCCUAAGAAGCCCACGCCGUCUACGAUCACAGAUUAUCGUCCAAUUGCGUGCUAUGACUUGUUUUUAUUCGCUAGAGGGGAAGUUAGUUCGGCUAAUUGCAUUAUGUCCUCUCUCUCGAAAUUCACUAAGAUGUCGGGGUUGGUCCCUAGCAAUCAGAAAAGCACGGUUUUCUUCUGCAAUGUGAAAAAUCAUACUAAGCAAGCUAUUCUGAAUAUCAUGCCUUUUAAGGAAGGAAAGUUGCCUGUCAGGUACUUGGGGGUCCCUUUGAUUUCGGCUAGGCUUGGGUACAAUGAAUGUCGAGUUCUAGUGGAGAGGUUGGAAAAGCGUAUCAUGCAUUGGAGAAAUAAGCUGUUAUCCUUCGCAGGAAGACUUCAGCUUAUUAAUUCUGUCCUAUCUUCUAUGCAUAUCUACUGGGCCUCAGUGUUUAUUUUGCCGGUUCGGAUAAUCAAGGAGCUUGAAGCUAAGAUGAGAAAUUUUCUUUGGUCCCAAGAUUUUGCGUUUAAUAAAGGUAAAUCGAAAGUCUCUUGGAAAUUGGUUUGUACGCCAAAAUAUGAGGGGGGCUUGGGUAUUAGACGUGUGGGGGAUAUGAAUAAAGCGUUGAUGUCGUCUCAUAUUUGGAGCAUUGUUUCUAAACGGGACUCCUUGUGGGUUGAUUGGGUGCACUCGUAUCGGUUAAAGGGCAAGAGUUUUUGGGUAUGUAAAACGCCCGCUAGUAGUUGUUGGUCGUGGAGGAAGAUAUCUCAGUUAGGGCCGCUGGUUAGAAAUCAUUUUUGGUCGGAGGUUGGUAAUGGUGCCUCUACCUCAGCGUGGUAUGAUACAUGGUCCGAGUUGGGGCCUUUGGCCGAUUUUCUUUCGCCUAGAGUCAUUACAGAUGCUGAUUUUAGGUUGGAGGAUUCGGUGGCCGAUGUGCAUUCGAAUGGCGGUUGGAGUUGGCCUAUAGCGUGGAGGGAUUUGUUCCCUGUUCUGAUUCAGAUUGAUCAAGUAAUUUUGGAUCCAAUGAAAAAUGAUAGGCUUUUAUGGAAGGAUGGGAAUGAUCUCAAUGGGUUUUCGACGUCUGGGGCUUGGCAUUCGUUGCGCCAUAGGGAACCGGAUGUUGAUUGGUGCAAAAUUGUGUGGUUCGCUCAGUGUAUUCCGAGGCACGCAUUCAUGAUGUGGCUGAUUAUGAAACGUAAGCUCCUUACACAAGAUAAAAUUCUGCAAUGGGAUUUGUCUAGAAGGAAAAACAUGAAUAUGAUGUGUUGCUUAAUGUGUUUUGAGAACUUUGAUUCCCACCCACACUUGUUCUUUGAAUGCAAGUAUUCUUCACAGAAACGGGCGGAUAUUUAUGUGGCUAAGCUCCUCGUUGCGGCUACUGCUUAUAACAUUUGGCAAGAGAGGAAUGCUCGGUUGUUUAAAAAUCAACUCAGACCUCCUGAGACGGUUAGUGAUGUUAUUAUCAAAACAGUGCGAUACAAGUUGAUGGGAGCUAAGUUGAAGGAUACCGUGAGGGUGCGAAAGAUUCUUGAAGAAUGGGAGAUCUAUGCGGAUGACAAAGGCGACGAUGGAGGCUGA